AUGGCUGCCGAUUCUGCCGACCGACCUUCAAGAUCACCUCUACUCCCCAACUUCACAUUCAACCCGGGUGCUUCGCUGUCGCCGGAUACCAACUCGCUUCUUAGCCCUCCGUUGUCCCCGCCGCCCGUGUCCCCCAGACUCGUGCCUUCGCCUUCACGACCAACUGGGGUCGGACACAGAAGAGGAGGAAGCGAAUUUGUCGGAGGAAGCAUCCGUUCUGGAGAUUCUAUCACAGUGACGGGUACAAGCCCGACAAGAUCCGAGAGUGGCUUCGCAUCCCCCAACUUCCAACUCCCACCCCCAAAACCCGUCAACCGCCGUGGCCACGCCCACAGACGAUCUGCGGCACUGUCAAGCCACGACCUUUCUCUCAUCGUGCAGCCCACAGCACCCGGAAACAUGCGAGGUAAUAGCGCGCCAACCAGUCCAGCCGACUAUGACCGGCGCCUGGGAGAUGAGAACGGAGGGUUGAACGGGAAGACGCUGAAGGGUGUCGAAUCCGAGCCGGCUCUCAGGGUACCACCAGAGCUCACCAGGCCCGUGACUGCCGAUUCAGGCACUUCGAGUGACAGAGCUCUACCCGCUGAGAGGCCUGUGACCCGUGCCCGUGUUGGAUUCUCUGACACUCUCGAGUUCAUUCCCCGCCCCCUAUCAAUGGUGUCUAGUGAUACUUCUAGCACCGUGACGGCACGACCUGGUGGACACUCUGUGUCUGGCAGCAUAUCUUCUAUCAUUUCCAUUCCCACCACCAUCAACGCGGAAAACGAGCCCGUCAUUCCUCUCGUGCUCACUCCGUCACGGCAGACCAACGAAUCGAGACCCAGCACUGCCGGGGCCGUCCUCGAACGAUCCCAGAGCAUUCAAUCCGUGGGCGCGUCUCCAAGACGAAGGAACUCGAUUCCCACACUCAUGAACUUGCCGGAAGCGGGCACUGUUGGCCCUCCGAUGCCGAGCCCAACCAAGACCCCGAAGCGGUGGUCGUUCUUUGGACUUGACCCCUUUGCCGCCGCUGCAUCGCCGCUACGCGUAAGGCCUCUGAGUUCCAGCUCUUCUGAUUCCGGAUCCAAGCCUCACAGUUCGGCAUCUUCUUCUAAUUCUGAGCACGUCUCAGAUCCGAUCACGACUGCAGGCAUCUCGGAGCAAGACGGUCAAGGACCUGACGGCAAAAAGUCGAAAAAGAAGAAGAAGGUUAAAAACUGGGCGGGGUCCAUCUUGGCGCGGAAAAGCAAGCCGCGCAACAAGAAAUGUAAGGACUUGGAUCUCUCAGGCGACUCAGCACGACAAUUCGAGAUCACUGAACCAAAGGACGAAACUCUAAUGACUGAGCCCGAAGUCAACAUUGAGCCGGUGACGCCGACACUCGUGGUCACGGACACUUCUAGCCAACCGCAGAACUUGCAAGAGUGGAAACCGCGUCCUUUGUCGGCUCAGGAUGACACCUCUUUCCCCAUGAUCGAUUUGGAUGCUGCUCUAGGUCCUUUCAACACACCUCUAGGCAACAAUCCUGAAUGGGAUGCCGCUCAGCGAGCCGCCGCCUCUACCAAACGCCAGCUUCAUAGCGCGCAAGGCAUGAAAGGCUUUAGUGGCCCAGGAAUGCACUACCAUAGGCGCGCCGAGAGUGCUCCCGAAAUGGUACCUUUUGAGGCUGCUCGCUUUGGGAUCCACCGCUUUGGCAGCAGCUCAACCAUGGCCGAUGUCUUCGAGGAGGAUGAGGAAGACGACGAACACACGGGCAAGUCCGCGUCGCUUCACACCAACAGCGGCAGGAGGGUUGCGCAAGAUAGCGAGGAAUCGUCCGGUGAUGAGGCCACGCCGCCUGCGACCAACCCCGUUAAGAAACCCAUACUGGAUAUUGCGCCUGUCGCGUUAGACGAUGCGAGCAUCCGCGGAGCUCCUGCCGCCGCCGACAAGGAUGCGACUAAGGUGGCCGCUAGCAUGAAAUCCGGGGAAUCUCUAGCUUCUUUGCAAGACGACGUAAUUGUCGAGGAGCCCCUCAUUCCGGAGAUGUCUGAAUUCCGCACAAGCUCUGUCUUCCAAGAGAAGGCGGAAUCGACUGCCUCCGCGACUCCCUCGCCGAGGAGAAUUCUUGCGAGCAAGGAUUUGUCUCCGGUUGACGUCAGUCCUCUUCACCUCCCGACCCCCUCUCAUGUUCCUGUCAGUCCCUACUCAAUGAGUCACGCCUCCUCAUUCCCGUCGCCUCGUUCGCCCAUGUCUUACGAUGCGCAGCGAAUUUCUACGGCCCCGUCUUCGGUCAAUGAAGAGAACAAUUUCCAAUCACUGCUACUUGGGGAGCCUGGCCCGGAGGUCAGGCUCUCUGUAGAUAUUCCUUCAUUGACGUCGAGUCACUCAACCAUGACCAGAGACAGCUCGUUUGCAGCCAGCAGUCAAUUGAGACAGGAUCCCAUUCGGCCCGAUCAGCAAAGGCCAGUUUCAGUAUCCUCGGCAGCCUUUGGCCGCCGCAGAUCCAGUCUUGCCAGUCUAAGCAGGCUUAUCAGCAGCUCUCACGGCGAACGCAGCAAGCUCUCAAUGGAAGUCCCAUGCGAUGGUGAGAACAAGAAGAACAAAACGAGCAAAUCGAAGCGACUUAGCCGGAUGAUGCGAUUUUGGAAGCCCAAGGAUGACACUGCAGCGUGA